GGUGACGUUUAGCAAGCCAUUGAAUAAUGCAAAAUAUGUGAGUUUGUAGUGGAAUCUCAGGUGGAAGUGUGUAGUUACAGGUGGCACAAUGAGCGAUACACAUGAAGAUUUGGAUGAGUUUUUAGAAAAAUUUAAGGAGUUGCUUCAGAGCAAACAUCGGCGUAAGAAAAUUGAAAACGACUUGUUACAGCUCACCGAACGUUUGAACAAAGAGUUAGAGUCUAGCGAAUCAAAUGCUAAGCAUUGGGAAAGUUGUUAUAAAGUUUUAUUAAGCCAUGAUAACGCCACCUUAACUACCAAACAUGUAGAGCUUAAAGGCAAAUAUGAAAAUUUGGCACUGGAAUAUAAUAACCUGAAAUUGGAGUUUGCUGUAAAGGAAAAGCAAUACCAGGAAGAGCUGGAACUUCAAAAAACCGAUCUGACACGUAGGCUGAUUGAUUCAGAAGAGAAAUAUGAAUCUGAAAUAAUUAACUUUAGCAAAAGAAUAGAAAGUGAUAGAAUGUGUUACGAAACUAAAGAGAAAGAGCUGCUCAACGAAAUACAAGCCACACAGGCGACCACAGCUUUGCAAAUUGAUGAGAUUGAAUCUAAUUUGAAGAGCAAAAUCGCAGAUUUGAAUAAUAAGCUUAGACAGUCUCAAACUCAAGCCAGAACUUUCCAAACAGAAAUAGCAAAAUUAAAAAAUCUACUUGCCAACCAAAGACAAAGAAAUGAUACUUUGUAUUUCCAAGAAACUCCGAUACAGACUGUCAGGAAUAAUUUGAUGUACAGCAAAAUGGUUUCCAGAGAUACAAAUAACAUCUAUACUGAAUCAGAAGAAGAUGCAAACAUCAACUCUCAGAGACCACCAAGCCGAGAAAACCCGACUUUUAAUAAUGUCACCAGAGAAAGCAAUAUCGACAACAUUUCUAGAAACAUUAAUACUUUCAACAUUAAUACAAGUGCUAGUCAAUACAGUGACAAUCAUUCAGUUAUAGAUAAUCCUCAAUCAGUGAUAAAUACUUAUAUAUCACUCCAGACUAGUGAUCAUAAUAAUCAAAAAAAUCGGAUGAAUUGUGUAGAUGCUUCGCCAUUUGAUCAAAAUAAUAACAGUGAAUUAUCCAAAAGUCGAAUAUUCCAACAGAAAUCGACGGCGACUCCGGAGAAGUUCCAACAACUUUCAUGUCAGGCUAAAACGUUCGAGCUAAAUAACACAACAUGCUUUCAAAGACAUACAAGCACUCCAUUAUAUAAAGGUAAAGCUGGAAAAAAGAAUUAUGUCUUGCAGUCAAACUUAUCUAACGUUAGCACCGCUAGUAAUCAAAAUAAAGACGUGAAAAACAAGCCUAGGAAAAGGAAGUUGUACGAUCCAGAACAUAAUCUAGAGCCUAACGAAUAAGGUUUAAUAACGUUCCUUUUAAUCCAACAAUAGCUCAAUAAUCAGCGUAAUAUAUAUCAUGGAAAAGUUGGUAUCUUUAAGUUUUCAAGUAAAAUCGUUUUAGCAGGAAUCUUUGUUCUGCAUAGCUUUUCAAGAUG